ACUGUGGUGGACCGCCAGCCAUCCCUCAGGCUAGCCGGGAAAGAUGGACCCCAUACUGGAAGUUACCAUCCUGAUUCUCCAGGGCCACCCGGGUGACCAAGAACACGAUAUAAUGAGGAAGUUGUCCCUGGAGGGUUCAGACUAGAAGACGAGGUGAACGUUACGCUAACUUUUUUCGCAACAGCUCACUCAAGUUGAGGGGACUCCAACUAGAUAGACAAAGUCAACAGCAAAGACUGAUCCAAGACAAGUUAUACGCCAGCCAAACUGUUGCUGAGACCGGACAAACUUACUGAUGGCACACUUGGAUGGUAUCUGGUGUUGAUUUUAAACUGCUUUUUUGUGUUCAACUGUGUUUUUCAAUCCCCCCAAUUAAGAGACAGAAUAGUCAUAAGGCAGGACAGUCACCAUGCCCAGGCCAAGGGCGGGGCCUGGCCCGCCACCUGAGGACGUUUAUGAAUUCUCUAUGGACGCGGCAGAAGCUCAGUCUGUCUACUUGCACAGGAAGUCCUUAGAGAAGACAUCUCCUCUGAGCAAAUAUAUUGAGACUGAACACCAGCAAGCAGGGCUGUUCUCUCUGUCUCCCUUCGAUGCCUCCCUGGACGCUGCCGUUGACCUCCAGAAAAAACGGAGGAAGAAAUGUGGUGCCUGCACUCCCUGCCUCCGCAAAGAGAACUGUGGUACCUGCGCAAACUGUAUGAACCGCAAGACGGGCAAGCAGAUCUGCAGGCUGCGCAAAUGUGAACAACUGAAGAAGAGACGGAACGAGUGGGAUGUGAGCGAGGUGGACUAUUUUGAAGACAACAGUCGAGGCUGCUCGGGGAACCCUGAACUGGCAGCUGAGACUGUUCGGGAAGUCACUUCAGUGGAUGGCCCCAGAAGUGGAGGCCAGAUGGAAAUUGGGUCACAUGACCGCCUCCAGGAAGGCGCGCUGAACCUGGAAUUGGCCAAUGGGGUUAAUCGCUACCCUAAUGAUGAUGAGACAUCUAUAGAAACAGAGCAGCAGAGGGCAGGAAGCGUGCCUGCAAGGCAGUGGGUGUCAGGACAUGGCAAGGUCAGUGACACCCAACAACAGCAACCGUGUUGGAACAGCAACAGUAGUACAACCCCUGGUGAACCUGUCCACCACGCAGACAUGGAGGAUGCUCAAAAUUUGGUGGCUUUUUCUGCUCUUGCCGGCUCCUUGCCUCCUUCUUCCUCCUCUUCCUGCCUCGUCCAGCCUAAUACAGCCCUGCUGUAUGAGAAAUUCAUCCAGGAGAUGGGUGCUGAGGGGACUCAGGCCAGGCUCUCUGCAGGGGCUCCUGAGGGUAGCUGCCAACCUCCAGAAGACCUGAACACCCUACAGACAGCACUGAGCCAAGCCAAACAUGGACACAAGCCCCCAAACUGCAACUGUGAUGGGCCUGACUGUCCAGACUACCUUGAGUGGCUGGAGAAGAAGAUUAAGUUGGCAACCAGUGAGGAUCAAGGUCCCUGCAAGAUGAAUAAUGCUCCUCCACACUUACAGUCUCACCUACAGCAACCCCAUUUAAAGCAUCAACCUCACCCCCACCCCCAGGUUAAUGGUGGCCCCCGUCUGUCUACUUCAUACCCCCAGCAGCAACAGGGAACUCAAGGCCCUCAUCCAGACCAAGUGCCCUGCUCCAAACCCCCAAUUCCUUGCUCUCCCCAGGUGCUCUCCAUAGCCAAGGAAAAGAACGUCAGUCUUCAGACAGCCAUCGCAAUAGAAGCCCUGACCCAGUUAUCUAGUACUGGUCCACAAGCUGCUGGCUCUCCAGGUCAAGCCCCCUACCACAGUAACCUCCAUCACCACCAACAUACCCAGAACCUCCCAUCUCAGCCCCCCAAUGGCACUAGCAUGAUCCCGUCCUCUCCCGGCACCCACUUAUCCUCCUCACGCUCUCAAUCCGUCCCUCCAGGAUUACACACUGGCCAGCAGGCCCCAGUGUCCUGUGAGCACCAUAGGCCCCAAUCCCAGGGCCAGCCACCCCAUGCUACCCCUCUCCCGUCCUCUACCUCUCCCUUCCCAGACCAGGGAAAACAUCCAGGCUUCAGCCCUAAUCCACAGCAGUGGCAACAGGGCUCAGGCAGAAGCUCUGAACAGAGGAACCCAUGGAUGCAUAUGAAAUCUGAGCCCCAGUCUCACUACGCCGCUGCACCUCACAGUAACUCAGACCCCAUGUCAGAGCUCAAACAGCUGCUAGGUGAUACCAGUGGCAAGUUCAGCAAUGGUCCUUUCAAGCUUCCAAUGGCACAGCAGCUCAGAUUAACCCAGAAUGGAGGUAUCCAGGCCCAGGACAACCCAGCAUUGGCCAGGAUAAAGCAAGAGACAGACUCUGGUGAGCACUACCAUCACACUGCCUCCAUGGGACAUUAUGGCAUGGCUAAUUGUCAGCAGCAGGGUCAGCACUACCCUGGCACUCCCCUGUCUCCUGGUCAAGCAGCCAUCAGCCACUCCACUCAGGCAGCUUUGCAGCAGCACCUUCACUACAAGAGGAACCUCUUCUCUAACCACUCCUCUGGCUUUGGAGCACCAGGCCCUCGUGCACCUCUGGCUUGCCAAAACUUGAAAAAAUGGUGGCCACAGAUGGAGGCAGAAUGUAUGCCACAUCUGGCCAUCAAACAGGAAUCCAAGGAACCCAAGAAGAAAAAAAGCAGCCAAGGAUCUCCUGUCAUAAAAGCUAUGAGUGGGAUGCUUACAGUCCCUCCCCUACCCAAACCGAAACAGAUCAUAAUCAAGAAGACCAAGCAGAAAGCCUCCAUGCCAACCUUCCUGCCUCAGAUUCAGAUCACCAUACAAAAACCACCAGUCCUCAUGAUGGACAGAGCCCCGGCCCUGACCAGCCUGAAACCAGGUUCUCUCCCCUCUCUACCCCUCCAUAGUAAUUCCACUCAGGCUCCUGCUGCAGGCCUCCCUGCCCCAGCCCAAUCUCAGGUAUCCAUUUCCAACUCCUUAAUGACUCCCUCUUCCACUGUUUCUGCUUUGUCAGAAAACACUCCAGCCCUCAUGGGCCCUCUGCCCCUACCUGUGGCCCCUUUAGCCCAUGUUAAGUCAGAGGGAGCUAACAGCUUGGUCUCCAGUUACACCAGCACCACCAAACCUCUGACCUCCACAUCUUCACCCGACACCUCACAAUUACAGAGUCUCAUCAACAUAGACCCGAAAUACGAAGAACUGAUCCGCCAGUUUGAGGCUGAAUUUGGGGACACAGCCCCAUCCGCCAGUCAACUCAUGGAGGAGACUGCUACAGCCCCUCAGCAGGGGAAUCAGUCCCAGACCUGUCCUCAGGACCUCAGUUCCACAUCAUCAUCAUCAUCCAAAUCCCAGUCGGCUCCCUUAUUUCUCACCCCUCAAGCCAGCUCCACAUCUCAUUCAGAUGAUCAGGAGAUGGAAGUCAACAAAGAUGAAUUAGGGACCCAAAGUGAAGCAGCCUUGAACCUGGCACCCACAAAAAGCCCAAUGGAGGAGCAGCAUAAGGGGCCCCUCCAUGUCUCUCUGAAUCAGGAGGCCAUUCUGGACAAGCAGCAGCAGCCCAGUUUGUUAGAGGAUAGGUUCAGCAUACCAUGUUCUCCUCUGCCUAAACGCAUGAAGAUCGAAGCCUCGGGUGAUAUAGCAGUACUUUCCACCACGUGCUAUUCUGAAGAGGACACACCCACUAAGGACAGUCUGCCAUCUUCUCCAUCACUCAGAGGCUUCCUUGAGUCUCCUCUGCGCUAUCUAGACACCCCCACAAAAACCUUGUUAGAUACUCCCUCCAAGGAUCUACAGGCAGAGUUCCCCACCUGCACCUGUGUGGAACAAAUCGUGGAGAAAGAUGAAGGGCCCUACUACAAUCACCUGGGAUCUGGACCUACUGUAACCUCCAUACGAAACCUGAUGGAGUCGAGGUAUGGAGAGAAAGGGGAUGCCAUCCGCAUUGAGAAGGUGCAGUUCACAGGCAAAGAGGGAAAGAGCUCACACGGAUGUCCUAUUGCUAAAUGGGUGAUCCGUCGUGGCAGCGAGACGGAGAAGCUGCUGUGUCUGGUGCGCGAGCGUGCGGGCCACCACUGUGACAACGCUGUCAUCAUCAUCCUCAUUAUGGCCUGGGAAGGUGUCCCGAGGGCCCUGGCAGACAAGCUGUACAGCGAGCUCAGUGACACCCUCACCAAGUAUGGCAACCCCACCAGUCGACGCUGCGGCCUGAAUGAUGAUCGUACCUGUGCGUGUCAAGGCAAGGACCCUGAAUAUUGCGGCGCUUCCUUCUCCUUUGGCUGCUCCUGGAGUAUGUACUUUAAUGGCUGUAAGUACGCCCGAAGCAAAAUGCCGCGCAAGUUCAGGCUACAAGGAGAUCACCCUGAAGAGGAGGAAAAACUCAGGGAUCACUUCCAGCAUCUGGCAACUGAGGUGGCUCCUGUGUACAAGAAGCUGGCCCCACAGGCCUACAGUAACCAGUGCCUGACCGAGCAGAAGGCUCCAGAAUGCAGGCUGGGAUUGAAGGAGGGCCGGCCGUUCUCUGGAGUCACUGCCUGCAUGGACUUCUGUGCCCACGCUCAUAAGGACCAGCACAACCUCUACAAUGGUUGCACAGUGGUGUGUACUUUAACUAAGGAGGACAACCGUAAAGUGAAGGAGAUCCCGGAGGAUGAACAACUCCAUGUGUUGCCUCUUUACCGGAUCUCCCUGACUGAUGAGUUCGGCAGUGAGGAGGCCCAGCGCCUAAAGAUGCAGACCGGAGCCAUCCAGGUGCUUCAGGCUUUCCGCCGCGAGGUGCGCAAGUUGCCCGAACCUGCCAAGUCUUGCCGACAGCGCCGACUGGAGGCCAAGAAGGCCACCUCGGAGAAGAAGAAAAAUAAACUCAUGCAGCAGACAGGGGAGACACCAGAGAAAGCAGUGGUCAAAGCUGAGGUCUGCAUCACCGGGUCCUCUCAACUCCAAGGCAAUAAAGCAAUUAUAAAACAAGAGGUGAAGCCCAACAUCAAGACAGAGCCCUUCAACAGAUCAGUAGAUGGAUACCCUGUGCAGGCAGCAGACCCAUUCAAAAACAUCUACCCACACCCUGCCUACUAUGCAAGGGGAGGCCUCCCCCCAACUGGCCAGCCCUCUGCACCAGACCAAGUAAACGGUUACCACCACAAUCUCCCUGCAAUGCACUAUGGCUACUACAACUAUCCCCCCAAUGCACUUUUCCCCCCUAAGCUGAGGACCUACGAGGGUCGAAAUGGCUCUUUGCUCAAAGCAGGCAGUAAGGCCGAUGAGGUAGACGGGAAGCCUGAUAUUCAGAGCCUUCAGGCCAGACUGGCCCAGUCCCACUCAAGCCACCCAGAGCAGGUCCACCAUCCAAACCACAGCGCUUACACCCAGGCUGCAGACUACAGCCAGUCCCGUCCUUCCUCUGUCUCCUCUGAACCCUCCAACAGAGGCACUCCAGGCAUCAAACAGGAGCCAAUGGAUGUGCCAGUCUAUGAAGGCACAAGGCCAAGCCAGGCUGGAGCCAACACACCUAGCACUAACGCCCAGCUUGCGGCCUGGUCAGGGCACAAGCUCAAUGGAAGUAUCAUUCCCACCAACUGGGACGGCCAUCUGAACCCCAAACAAAGCCCUGAAGCCUCAUUGUUGAACCCGGACAAACAACUGUUUCACCAGCAUCCCCAGCAGCGGCAGCCCUCUCCUUACCCUCAGCAGUGGACACCUAACCAUGGCUCAAAUCCCCUGAUGGCUUCCCCUGCCCCAUCACCAUCACUCCAGGUACAUCCCUCUCCGUCUCCGUCCCCACACCUAGGCACAGGGCCAGCUACCCCAGGUAACAUACACCAAGGCUCUAUACACCCUGCCACUCCACGCCCAAGCACCCCCCACCCAGGUACACCACAACCUGGCAGCUCUCACUCAGGCUCAGUUACACCACAGCCAGGCACCCCCAGGCACUGGGCCAACCCAAGUCCUCAGCCGAAUGCUUGGGCCAUGGGGCCUGCAGCAUAUAGUCCUGGUUUGAAGCACAGCAAUCCUGCAGGAUCCUACCCUGACAAGAUGUGGUCUAAGACCGGGGAAAGUCGGUGUUCCACGCCCCUUGGGCUCCAAGAGAAGGCUUGGAGGUCUUGUGGAGGAUCAGUGGCAGGCAGUACCCUGUCCCCUGCCCCUGAGGGUCGUCUCUUCCCUGAUGCCCUGCAGCAGUCAGAUCAGGCCUGCUGGAACCCCGGCCAAGCUGAGAGUGACGUUGAGAGCACCAAGGGCCGUGAAGAGGAUGAUGAUGAGGUUUGGUCUGACAGCGAGCACAACUUCCUGGAUCCCAACAUCGGUGGUGUAGCGGUAGCACCAGCCCAUGGCUCCAUCCUGAUUGAAUGUGCCCGUCGGGAACUACAUGCUACCACUCCGCUCAAAAAGCCUGAUCGCUCCCACCCCACCCGCAUCUCCCUGGUCUUUUACCAGCACAAGAACCUCAACCAGCCCAUGCACGGCCUGGCUCUGUGGGAGGCCAAAAUGAAGAUACUGGCAGAGCGAGCGCUGCAGAGGCAGCAGGAAGCAGCUCUCCUUGGCCUCUCCCAGGAGGACAUCAAGGCCCUCGGGAAGAAACGCAAGUGGGGGGCUACUGUGGCAGGUGCCAGUCCAGGACCUGGACAAACUAAAGACAAGAGGGAGGGACCAGUUACGCGGUUAGCCCCCACGUUCCACACCAACUCUAUGGUUACUGUGUCUCCCUAUGCCUUCACCCGCCUCACUGGGCCCUACAGCCAGUUUGUCUGAGGUCAGACAGACACAAACAGACUGAUGGAUACAGAGUGGUGCAGUGGAGGGCUGGAGAGAGCGAUGAGCAGGAUGAAUGUCUCUCAGCCUUCCCGCAGUCUGGCAUCUCUCCAUCCUGCCCCCUCCGCAGUCCACUGGGAGGAGGGGACAUUUUUAUUGUUUUUUACCUCAUGUCAGGCAGUGGUUUGGGCUUCAGACACACUGCCUGUGGUGCUCUUCCUCUCUCUUCCCUGGAGAGGAACUCCAUUGCUUUUUCUUGUUUAUAGAAUUUUAAUGAUUCUAAUUAUUGCUAUUAUUAUCAAUAUUAUUAUGAUUGCUAUUGUUACUGUCAAUGUUGUUAUUACAGGUAUUAUUAUAAUGAAGACUUGUUUGUUUUUUAUUAUUGCUGUUUUCAUUAAUGUUAUUAUUAAUGAUGUGAUUGUUUUUGGUUAUAUAUAUUUUUUAAAUCAAUCAGUCUAAGUCAGUCAGACUCAGACAAUUGCUUUUUCCAUGUUUGGAAAACGUGUACCCAAUUUUCUGUUUGAUUUUCUUUGUUCUGGUCAAUCUUCCAGCUGUACUUAGAGGAGGAGCCAUUAUCUGCCUGGCAAGACAGCAAAUCAAUGUUAUCAUAUGCAAAAAUGUAAAACUGCCUUUCCAGUAGGCUUGCUUUUGAUAUUUAUCUGUAAAUGACAUUGUACAGAUAUGGAUCUUGGAUUUAAAAAAGCCCAUUUAGGCCCCAAUAAAAAUAAAAUUUUUAGUUUAAAAGCAGCACUCAGAUUUUCCCAUUAGCUGGGAACUUCUUUGCACUUCAGCAUUAUGUACAAAUAUAAUACAUUCUAUUCUAGAUGUCCAAUUUUAUUUGCACUGAUACGAACAAUUAUACCCCUUUGAUGUGGCUACUGUAACAAGUAAACUCCCAAAUGGAGGCUGCACAGUACAUUAAAACAGCAAAAAGUAACAAAAUAAUGUCCUGGUUAAAAAUAAUUGCAUUAAAAAUAAUCCCUUUAAUUUGGGAGAAAAUUUUGCCGCUUUUCUUGUCAUUGGAUGAUGUGCUCCUCCUCUUCUUCUGCACCCCUCCAGCUUUCGACUGGUGCUCAACUUCCAGCUCUGAUCAAUAUUCAUUCCGCUACUCUUCAUGGCACUUGAUGCUGUACUUAGGUGCUCUAAAUCAAAUCUGGCUCAACUUGUAUUAGCAAGUAAAUAUCAUUUGUUUUGACCGAGGUGGAGUACCAGAAUGACGGGAUUUACUGAUUCUGAGGUGCAGGAUGUUUAAAUUUCUAAAGACAAAUAUAAUGAAUUAAAUUACGAAUGCUUGUCAUGUUUUCCUAUGUGGAAAACUGUACAAGCAUGGUACUCCACGGAGGCUGAAAUAAGUGAUACUAUUUGCAAAUAUUGUUUGACCCAGACCUGCAAAUACCACAGAGAUGGAACAGGUGGCACACUUUUAUCUUCCUAUAAGAUUCAAGUAGGGGUGAGCACUUCCCAGUGUAAACUCUAGAGGGCAGCAGCGACUGCCCUUUCAAAGUGGUGUGUACAAACAAACCUUCAAGCGCUUGAGAUCGUUCAGAAGCCAGUACAGCCUUGCCUUGCUGCUUUAACCAUCCCUGGCCAGUAGAGGGGGAUUUUACACCCUGCUCGCUGACCAUGAAUGGGCCUCAACAAAGCCGCUCAAGGCAACGUUGAUCUUUGUCCCAUUGUGGCACAAAUGUGAAUGAAAUCUGGAGAUGCUUUUGGGAUGCCCAUCCUGGGUUUGAGCAGAAGGAAAAAGUGUUGGGAAAGCAGUGCUUUUGGUGCUCCUACUUGCUCUGGUGCUCUCCUAUUACACUUGAUUUACUGUGAAGGGCCCACUCCUUCCUCUGCAUGGUGCUGUCAUCUUCGAGCAGAACGAGUUGGGUCCUUCUGCAGGCACCUUGUCGCCACAGAGCCAGGCAAUCAGUGGCCGCCCUGUGGUCGCAGCUCUGUCAUUGGGCUCAAGAACUGGUUUCUUCUGAGGUGUUUUUAUGGUUUCUUGUGGCGAAGUGGUUUUGUCUCAAACAAAGUACACUGUACAGGGCAGAGAAAGCACAGUCAUUCAAUGCAUUUUUUGGUAACUCAUUCACAGAGAAAACAAUAGUACUGAGAGUUAAGGAGAGACCUUGGAAAAUUACUGUAGCUUCUGGGAGUUGGCGCCAAAUGCAAACGCAUUGCAUCAAUGAAUCUCUCACUUUGUGUGCGUGUGUGUGUGUGUUUGUGUGAGAGGAAAUGAUACAAAUGCAUGGGUGUGUGAAAGAGAAAAGCCAAAGAGAGAGACUAUUUGAAAUCCUGGAUAGAGUCCCGCGAGUCACUCAUUUUUAUUUUGUCUCUAUCAACCAUGGGACUGUUUGAUAAAUCAAAAUAAAGAAGUAAACACAUGGUUUACUUGCAACGUGGUUUGAAAAUGAAAAUGAGCAACUAACAGAACUCGAUCCAGGCUGACUCCUGGCUGCUGAGUGGUUGUUUUGGGUCAAGGCCCUGGUCAUCUGUGAAAGACCCUGUUACCUCUCUCGAGGGUCUCCAGCUCUCUACCUCACGCUGUAGAGACACUGGUCCCAAUCACAACUUGCUACUGAGGGCAGAGAAUCAUGCAGAUGUCCCUUUGUGUGCUCUAGAUCUCCACACUCAUUUUAAACCUGCUUUUGUUUUUUUUUACUCUUAUUUAUUACUACAUGGUGAUGAUGAUUGUCUUUGAUGUUAUUGUUUGUUUUGUUUUUUUUUUCAUCAUUUUUUAUAUAGCUAAUACAAAUUGUACAUAGAGAAGAAAAGAUUUAUAAAAGCACUUUUAAUCUUGAUUUUAAUGACAAAAGAAAGAGCCGAUUAUUGACAACUUGAAGCUUAGGGUUUGGGUUUUUUUCUGUUGUUUUUUUAUUUUGAGGAGGAUUUUGAAGAGAGAGAUAAAAAAAAAUGUACAUAUUAAAAUAUUUAGGUAAGAUUAUUUAACUGGUGAGGAUCGUAACUAAACCAUGAAUGACAAGGGGGUAUUUUGAAGUCUCUGACAGCCCUCAACAACGGUAAACAACACUUGGUCCAAAUGCGUUGUGUGUAAAUGUGUGCUUAGUAACACUGCUGUUUUGCUUUCGUAAGUACUGUACCCAUUGUCAGCAUAUAACUGACAGAGACCUGUCACUUUCUAAAAACUAAAUCAUUAGCCCAGUUAUGUAAACCACACUUGACUUACUAACUGACGACAGUCAAAAUAACUGGAGGAUCCCUCUUGGUGCAGUUCUCUGACCAAACCUCAUAUUUAAAAAGUAUGAAUUUAAGAGUUUUAGAAAAGCUUGUCAGCUUGAAAGCAAUGAAUUUAGUUGACAUUUUACAGCAGGUGUCCACAACCCCAUAGAAACUCAUCGCAAAUUAUUCCAAAAUACCAAAAUUGUGAUAAUGUGGUACUCAACAACAGUGAUCUACUGUCAGUAAGCUAAGGACAAAUCUAAAAAGGUAGCCGUAAACCUGAUAUGUGUUUGUUGUCGCUAUAAUAAUAGGCAUAGUUUGGCAUUUUGGAAAAUGUGCGUAUUCGCUUUCUUGCCGAGAGUUAAGUAAGAAGAUUGAUACCACUCAUGUCUAAAUGGUAAAUAUGCAGCAGGAGCCAGCAGCUGGUCAGCUUAGCUUAGCGCUAUGGCUUCAGCAUUUCAAAAGCUCACUAACAGAUUAUAUCUUGUUUGUUUAAUCUGUUCAGAGACCAAAGCCUAAACUUGUGAAGUUGUGGUUUCAUGGCAGUUGUAACUGUUACUUCUAAGUAACCAAACAGCUAGCAGAGACAACAGGAAGUCACUGCACCCUGCCUAGAAAUCGUGUCAUUUUAAAAUAUGUUUGGUUUUGUAUGGAUUGAACAUGAGAUUUAGAGGUGCUGGUUGUCAGAUUUUGUGGUCAGAGUCAGGCUAACUGUUUCCUGUCUUUAUGCUAAGCUAACCGACUGUUAUCUGUUGCUUCACAUCUAGCGUGCAGACAUGAGUGAUGGUAAUCUCACCUAUGUCUUAACAAAAAACUGAUUAAGCUUAUUUCCCAAAAUGUUGAACCAUUUCUUUGAUAUCUGUAGAGUUGCCUUUGAUAGAUUCACCACCUAUCAUGUGCAGGACCACAUCCAAGAGGGUGGGGGGGGGGGAUGUUUAGUAACGUACUGGUAGUUGCUGAGCCAGUGUGAGGUGAAUCAGUGGGCGUUGUUUUAGCGAGUUUUAGCCCAGCAAUCUUUGUCAGUUGUGUUAGACUAUCAGGUAAGAAACUGCCUCCCUGCUUAUUUAGAUGUACCUAUCAUUAUUAUCUAAUCUAGUUCUCAUAAUAGUAAGUACGCACUUGGCAUAAUAAUCAUGAUGCCCUGUGGAAAACACCUGGUGUUUAGUUUGUGAUAAUUAAAAAUAUGACACACAUCAGUCGUUCGACUGGUGCAUGGGCUGGGACUGGUACAGGAACAGAACCCAUUUGACUUUGUAACCAUAAUGCAUGGCCCACAUUACACACACACACAUACUUGCCUACCAAUGGGUGCUGAGGAUACAGUGUACAUGUUAUCUUAAUGACUUUGUAAAUUUCUAAAUGUCUCACGAGUUUGGUAGAUGGUUCUCAUGAGAGGCGCCUCCUCCCAAGCUUGUGCCUGAGAUAGGGGGUCAGUCAGCUGGUGCUAUGAUGCUACACCUUAAAAAUUCACUGUGUUAAAAAAAAAAAAAAAUUAACAAAUGUGAGGGAUAAAUGAUUACCACAAAUAUUUUUCUGAGCUCUUCGAAUGUUAAGAGAACUAUACUUCUGGUUCAAGCAGUUUCACAGGAUGGGAAGCUGCCCUGGUGCUGACUUUAUGAAAAGUCUUUUGUUACAACGCUACAAAUUUACAUCUCUUUUUGAGGGCAAGGGGGGGCACUGAGACAGUUGAUUAUUAAUAUUCAUUCCACAUUGUACUUGAACUCAUUUAAAAUAGGAUGAGAUAUAGAAUCAUAUUAUAUGAAGACUGUUAUUUGGGUUUCUCAUUUGGUACAGCGCAAGUACCAAAGGCUAUUGAAAUGAUCUUGUGAGUAUGUUGUACAUGUUCAUGGUAACUGAAUGCUAAGAUAUUUGAACAAGAAUAACAAUUGUGUACUGCCUCCCUCUUCCUCUCCCUCGUCAUGCACUUCCUUUGCCCCUCUUUCUCUUCACACCUUGUAUAUUUUGUCUUUCUCGCACACGCAAACAUAGAUAAACAUACGCAUCUCGCUGUGUAUGGCCCACUUUUAGAAGUCUAUUGAACACCUAAUUUAAUGAACACAUCUCUCCACAUUUUGGGAUCGAGACUUGGACCCUGGCCCAUACUAAAAAUAUAAAUGAACCUACACAACUGGCAGCUACAUUCCUUUUUGAGUUUUAGGAUUGUUCUUGGUUCUUUAUUUUCAUGUCAAGGAUGCAGUAUGUAAAAAAAAAAAAAAGUGUUUUUGUUCAGUCUCUCUCUCUUUGUAGUUGUAUGGUGUAUUAUGUGAAUACAUAGUGUAUGUGGUAAAGACCCCACAAUAUUGUUUUAUGUUGCGCGAUAAAUAAAAACAUUGAAGUGAGAA